GAAGGAAAAGCAAUCUAUGUUUAUUUUUACUUAUAAACUAAUUUCCUGUCACUGUUCCUGGCUCAGUCAACAGAAGGUGAUGCAUUUUCUCCAUUGGCACUUUUUGUGGAGAUUCAGCAAUAACAAGGAACACAGUGCUGCCGUUCACUUGAUUGUUUUCUCCUCCUGUAACUUCGUGGAUCGACCCGGCUUUCUCUCCUACAACCAACUUGGGAUGCAUGGAGAAUAUGAACACUUAUUCUAGAGAGGGGACUUCAGAAGUUGACAGGGAAUAUUAAAUACCUCAUGGCAAAAUUCAGCCUGUGGAAAGGAAACACGACUUCAAGGACUUAUAUACUUAUAUACUGAUAUGAUGGAAAGGCUGGAGAAGUUGGAAAAAGAAUUUAGGCAGAGUACUGUAUCUGAUCUUUCCAAGAUGCAGGAGACCAGCAAACUUGACCCUCCUUACAACCAGCAACAAGGAAGCUCUCUGGAAGCAUUUUCUGGAAGGGUCACACAAAAAGAGCUUGAGGAAGAAAAUCAGAAGAUGAAAGAGAAGAUCAAACGACUAGAGACACGAAACAACGAGCUCUUGUCUAAAAUGAUGAGCAUGCACAAGCAAUCAGAGAACAUGAAUGACCCUUCACGCUUGUCUGCUGUAGUGCAAUUGUAUGAGAUGCUUAGGCUACAUGACUGGGAAAAAUUCAAGACAAACUCAACCAACAUGACAUAUAAAAAUGGCAGAAGCAUAAUUAAGAAGCUGUUUGACACCUGUGAGAAAGACAUAGAGAAGAGAAAAAAUGACAUAUUUAAUGUCCUUGACGUUUCAUUUUUGAAUUACGCUAUGGCCAACUGCAAACAAGAGCUGAUGCCAAUUGUAACAGAACUCUUAAGAAAUGCCUAUUUCCAACAGCACUCAGACUUUUACAAAAAAAUUACUAAGCAAGCUAGUGUUACUUUGGAAGAUGACGUUCAAAAACAGUUUGCACUGAAGUGCUGCAGAGUUUAUUGUCUGAUGCUUCUUCAGAAGUCACCAGUUAAAGCUGUCUGGCACAAACAGGAAAUCCAUCCUGAAGAGUUAGAGCAUGUGGACAAGAAAGACUUGUCCACAGUGCACUGGAAGAAAGCAGAGCUUCUGUGGCCCGUACUGAAAUCUGGGAAAGAACUUAUUGCAAAAGGUGUAGUCUGGGAUUAAAAGUGACAUGACUUUUGAGUCAAGAUACACACUUAAAUGGCUAUAAGAAGAUGAAACAGCUGCUGUGCAACAUGUUGCUUUUCUUUCUCACAUGAACACUCUGCUUUCCAUACCUAGUUAAAUGUGCAUGGCUUGGGACGCUUAGGAUAAACUGCUAUUCACAAACUACCGAAAAUGGAAGAUGUCUUGGUGGCAUGCAUACAUUUUAUGUAAUUUUAGUUGUCACUGUCUAAACAGCGCUUGUGUGAAGAGAGAAUCUGUGUUUGUAGCCUACCUUAUCUGUUCUUCAUAGGUGCUUAUGACCUUGUCAGAUAACUCUGGGGAUCUCAGCCACGCUGUGGAGGCACCUGCCUCCUCACCAGCUGUGGGCUCCUACUCUUAGCAGCUCUGAACUGCACUUUGGCAAUGGUAUCGCUACCCUCCCCUGUAUCUACACCCAGUGCACAAACUGCAGGCUCUUGCUUUUUGCUAAUGAAAAAGCAGUGAGGAUAAAGAUGACCUGCUGGGAAAAAGGUCUCUCUCGAGUAAAAAUGUACUUAACUGAGAAAGAGAGCAAGGAACUAAAAAAUAAAUAAACCAGAGCUCUCAGAGGCUACAGACUCUCACAAGACAUGUGUUCAGAGGUAUAUAGACACAGACACAAAAGCCCACUCUUGCAUACCAAAAGGUUACUUCUGUCCACACAAAUGCUGCCUGCCUGCUAGUACUCAGCUGCUUUCCUCUGUCUGUAUGAUUUACUGCUCCAUGGCCCUUCAGCUAGAUACUCUCCAUAGCUCUAAAAGGUUUCCUAAAGUUGCAUUUCACAGUGUAAAGGGAUGAAAAGAGGCAAAUAUGUUUAUCAAUGUAUGUGAUGAAAUUUUCAGUGAGAAUCUUUAUAUCUACAAAUAAAAAAUAAUGGAAAACCUGU